CUGUUCAUCACUAAAACCGGGCAACUGUUACAGCGCCGUUAUAGGGCGUGUCGUAUUCUAGCGUCGUUGCGUGAUAAUAUACAUAGCUGAAAGUAGUUCUGUUGAAAAUGAGCAACUUGGUGCAUGAACGUCAAGGGACAUUUCCACAUCCUCCUCUUAAGAAGAAGUCUAAAGGUAAAGGAAAAAAGAAGUCCUUGCUUGAAUUUAUUGAAGAUCCCUUAAGAAAGGAACCACUUGUUGGUUUACAGUAUGUGGUUGAAGUUAAACUUUUGCAAUAUAACAAAAGUGUCUACAAGUGCAACUUGUGCUCUGUUAGAGGAGAAAUCUCAUGUAUAAUAGAUCAUUUGGUUGGUGGCCAUCACUUAAGAGCUUUUAUGAAUACAUAUUAUUAUCAUAAGAUAGAAGCAUUAAGGCGUAUGAAGUUAUCAAAAAUGGAAUUGCAGAAGAUGCUCAAAGAAUAUGCUAUGAAGAUAGAGAAAAAAGAAGGCAUAAAAUGUGUUAAAGUUGAAUACGUCCAUGGCAAGGGAAAGAACAAAGAAAUAGAUGUUUGGAAAUCAAAAAUAUAUGAUGAUUAUACACCAGAUUACCAGCAAAAAAAGGUUACUGAUCGAAGACAAAUAGCCUUACAGUACUCGGAGAGUUUCAAGAUAACAUCUCGUACAGAGGCAAAUGAAGUACUGAAUCUGACAGAGCAUUUGAAUAAAUUAUUAGAGAGGUACUUCAUAAAAUCAGGAGGCGAAGAUCUCCUGCAUAUACAAAAUACAAGCAAUGUUCACAAUCAGCUCAGCAAACAUAAACAAAUUAAAGAGGACGACAUUGCAUGUAAUUCUGCCAGAGAAAAGGAUUCGGGAAACUCUAAAAUAACUUCAGGUGAUAGAGGCCAAAGAAGUUCCUGUUGGGAUAAGAGUAAUCCAUCUUCCUCUUCUAUAUACACACAUGAAGAUCCACACAAAAAAGCUUCAAGUCAGAUAUUAAAAGACAAACGGCUUGUCCUAGAAGCAUCCAUUCCUCCUGAAGCUUUACCUCCCGCACCCAUUUUAACACAAAACAGUACUAGCCUGGGUUCUAAAAGCCGAAAAAGGAAGGCAUCCUGGACAUAUGAUGAACUGCUCCACUCCCCGUCAACAUCGUACUAUUCUGGUGAUAGCACAAAUGUGUCUGGUCUAGCUCACUGCUGUGCUGCUGAAGAUUCUUCUUCGCAGCCUCCAUGUUUUACAGAGGUCUCUUAUUGUCCAUUUCCAUCUGGUAUCUUACCUGAAAACAAAGUGUAUGACACAUACCGUAAAUUAGAGCAGCUGAGUUCUACACAUCAUUCACUUUGUUCAGGUGAUUACCCUAUGGACACUGAAGUUUCUCAUACUGAAGCAGCUACAGUUACACCUAGCGUGUCAGACACUGUGGAUCCUUCGCUUUCCUAUGGUCAGUUAGCACCAGCUGAUGCUGACCCAUCUUCUUCUACCAGCAACUCAUGCGAGCAACCUUCAGAUGCCACAAGCAAUACAUGCGGGAAAACGUCAAAGACACUUAGCCCUGACUUGCUUAAACUCCUUAAAGGGAAGGAUUUAAGUACAGUCAUUAAAAUCCUUAAAACCAUUGCUCCAUUUUACCCAGCUCUUCAGGAAGUGAAUAUUGAAAUGUUUGCUCAGGUUCUCCUUCAUGCGGGAGCAUUAGACUAAUGUCCAGUUGAUGAAAGCUGAAGAAAUCAUACAAAUGAUUGUUACAUAUGAGCACCUAGAUCCUUCUUAUGAUUUUUGAAACUGUGUGCUGCAGUUUACUAGUAAACAGUUAAUUUUUUUUCUUCCUUUAUUAUAUGUAAAUAGCCUGAUAAACUGUUUUGCCUGUAACAAAAAUAAAAGUUCUUACUCAGUA